UUUAAUUAAUAUCAUCAACAAAGCAAAAAAACCCAAACUCAAUAAUGGAAACUAUAUACCUAAUGCUCUGUCUCUUCGUCGUCUUGUUCUUCUCUCUCAAACUCUUGUUCCGACCACGGCGGUCCAAACUUAACCUACCACCGAGUCCUACACGGCCAUUUCCGGUCAUCGGACACCUCCACCUUCUAAAGCUACCACUCCACCGUAGAUUUCUCACUCUCUCCAAAUCUUUAAACAACGCCAAGAUUUUCUCUCUCCGCCUUGGCUCUCGUCUAGUUUUUGUUGUUUCUUCUCAUGCCGUAGCUGAGGAAUGUUUCACCGAGAACGACGUCGUUUUAGCUAACCGGCCGGAGUUUCUCGUCGGGAAACAUAUAGCGUACAACUCCACCACCAUGGUUGGUGCGGCUUAUGGAGAUAGUUGGAGGAAUCUUCGACGUAUUGGUACCAUUGAGAUCUUCUCGUCUCUUAGGCUUAAUAGCUUCUUAUCUAUCCGUAAAGAUGAGAUCCGACGGCUUAUAAUUUGUCUAUCGAAAAACUCUCAACAAGAGUUUGUGAAAGUGGAGUUGAGACCAUUGUUUAUGGGUUUGACUAUCAACAACAUCAUUAGAAUGGUGGCCGGAAAAAGAUUCUACGGUGAUGGAACAGAGGACGACACCGAGGCAAGACAUGUUAGACAGUUGAUUGCCGAGGUGGUUGUUAGUGGCGGCGCAGGGAAUGCAGCAGAUUAUUUCCCGAUCCUUCGUUAUAUAACGAAUUACGAGAAACAUGUCAAGAAGUUAGCUGUUCGGGUUGAUGAGUUUUUGCAAAGUCUAGUGAACGAGAAACGUGAAGAGAAAGUAAAGGGUAACACGAUGAUCGAUCAUUUGCUUUCUCUACAAGAAACUCAGCCUGAUUAUUACACGGAUGUGAUCAUUAAAGGAAUUAUACUUGUAAUGAUACUUGCCGGGACUGAUACAUCAGCUGGAACUUUAGAAUGGGCGAUGGCGAAUUUGUUGAACCAUCCGGAAGUACUACGAAAGGCAAAGACUGAAAUCGAUGACCAAAUCGGUGUAGACCGGUUGAUAGAGGAACAAGACAUUGUGAAACUUCCUUAUCUUCGGAACAUUGUGUCAGAGACCUUACGACUUUAUCCGGUGGCUCCAAUGCUUUUACCCCACUUAGCAUCAGAAGAUUGUAUGGUGGCUGGCUAUGAUGUCCCGCGUGGCACAAUCAUAUUGGUUUUGGGUGCUUCUUGUCCAUAACUCUCAUCAUACAGAUUGAGUUACAGAACCUCGUUGUAUAAUAUUUUCAUGUGAACUUUGUUAGAUAGAAGAAACACGAUCUAUUUUG